UACACAAAGUUAGGAGCUCGUGUAGAUAGUAAGAACGACAAGUUGUCGUUCCUCGUAGGUUUUAUUUUUAUUUUUGUAUAAAGUCGUGAUUUUUGUACAAAAUGUUGCGAAAAAGUAGGCAUUUGAUUAAUAAUUUACGUGUCUUGAGGAGAAAAUUUCACCAAGAGGCUUCUGUUAUCGGCACAACACAGGAUACAAAUUCACCGGAAUAUCAGGAAAACUAUGUUCAAAUGAAAGCUGUAGUCGAUAAAUUAAAAACCGUAGUUGGAAAAGUUGUAGAAGGAGGCGGAAGAAAAGCCAUAGAAAGACAUCGUAGUAAAGGGAAACUACUGCCCAGAGAAAGAAUAAAUAAUUUGCUAGAUGAAGGAUCGCCUUUUCUAGAAUUUUCUCAACUUGCCGGGUACGAAUUGUACGGCAAAGAAGAGGUUCCAGCUGGUGGCAUCAUAACCGGAAUAGGAAGAGUACAGGGGACAGAAUGCCUCAUCAUUGCAAAUGACGCGACGGUCAAGGGUGGCACUUACUACCCGAUAACAAUCAAAAAGCAGGUCCGUGCUCAAGAAAUUGCGGAGGAAAAUAAACUGCCUUGCAUCUAUCUCGUGGACAGUGGCGGAGCUAACCUACCUAGACAGGCUGACACUUUUCCAGACAAGAUGCACUUUGGCCGGACUUUUUACAACCAGGCGAAUAUGAGUGCGGCCGGGAUUCCACAGAUUGCCGUUGUAAUGGGAAGCUGCACCGCCGGUGGUGCUUAUGUACCGGCGAUGGCAGACGAGAGCGUGAUAGUUCGUAAUCAGGGUACGAUAUUCUUAGCCGGACCGCCUUUAGUCAAGGAGUCAACAGGAGAGGAAGUUACAGCCGAAGAGUUGGGUGGCGCUGCUCUUCACUGCGAAAAAUCCGGUGUGUCAGAUCACUACGCCCUCGACGACACCCACGCACUGCACCUGACGCGCCAGAUCGUCUCGAAUUUGAACGUUAAGCGCGUCGUCGAGACGACAAUCGACCGCGACUUCAAGCCGCCGUUGCACGCGGUCGACGAGAUCUACGGCAUCGUCGGGACCAACCUGAAGAAGCCCUUCGAUGUUCGCGAGGUCAUAGCCAGGAUCGUCGACGGCUCGGCCUUCCACGAAUUCAAAGAGCGAUACGGACAGACCCUCGUGACCGGAUUCGCAAGAAUUCACGGCUUUCCCGUGGGUAUCGUUGCCAACAACGGAAUCCUCUUUUCCGAGAGCGCGCUCAAAGGAGCACACUUUGUGCAGCUUUGCGCGCAGAGAAAGAUUCCGCUUCUAUUCUUGCAAAAUAUUAUGGCUGGAGAAGGAUUCAUGGUAGGAAAGGAAUCAGAAGCCGGUGGCAUUGCGAAGAACGGAGCUAAGAUGGUAACUGCAGUUUCCUGCGCUCAAGUACCGAAAAUCACCGUCAUUAUUGGAGGAUCUCACGGAGCUGGAAAUUACGGUAUGUGCGGAAGGGCAUACUCGCCGAGGUUCCUCUACAUGUGGCCGAAUGCGAAGAUAUCUGUGAUGGGAGGAGAGCAAGCAGCUGGUGUGCUCGCUCAGGUCACGAGAGACAAGCUCAAGAGGGAAGGCAAAGAGUGGACCAAAGAAGAAGAGGACAAUUUAAAAAAUCCUAUCAUCAAACAAUUCGAAUAUGAAAGCAGCCCUUAUUACUCUAGUGCUAGGUUGUGGGAUGAUGGAGUUAUUGAUCCAGUGGAUACGCGAACAGUUGUUGCUCUAAGCUUGUCGGCAGUACUGAAUGCUCCGAUACCUGAUAGUAAAUUUGGAAUCUUCCGAAUGUAAAAAUGUGUCCCGUACGUGUGUGUGUGUGUUUAUAUAUAUAUAUAUUAAGUACUUUCAAAAUUUCAGAGACAUAAGUUGUUGAGUUUUUAUAAACACACUUUUUAUUUUUAUACUUUUUGUCGUUGUUGAAUAUUUCAAGUGUACAGAGUAAUUAUGAAUAUUUCAAAAUAAUAUAUAUACGAUGAUAAGAAA